AGGUCCGCUACGCACUCACUACAAAGAAGACUCCUCCAGAGGUCCGCUACGCACUCACUACAAAGAAGACUCCUCCAGAGGUCCGCUACGCACUCACUACAAAGAAGGACUCCUCCAGAGGUCCGCUACGCACUCACUACAAAGAAGACUCCUCCAGAGGUCCGCUACGCACUCACUACAAAGAAGACUCCUCCAGAGGUCCGUUACGCACUCACUACAAAGAAGACACCUCCAGAGGUCCGCUACGCACUCACUACAAAGAAGACUCCUCCAGAGGUCCGCUACGCACUCACUACAAAGAAGACUCCUCCAGAGGUCCGUUACGCACUCACUACAAAGAAGACACCUCCAGAGGUCCGCUACGCACUCACUACAAAGAAGACUCCCCAGAGGUCCGCUACGCACUCACUACAAAGAAGACUCCUCCAGAGGUCCGCUACGCACUCACUACAAAGAAGACUCCUCCAGAGGUCCGCUACGCACUCACUACAAAGAAGACUCCUCCAGAGGUCCGCUACGCACUCACUACAAAGAAGACACCUCCAGAGGUCCGCUACGCACUCACUACAAAGAAUACUCCUCCAGAGGUCCGCUACGCACUCACUACAAAGAAGACACCUCCAGAGGUCCGCUACGCACUCACUACAAAGAAGACUCCUCCAGAGGUCCGCUACGCACUCACUACAAAGAAGACUCCUCCAGAGGUCCGCUACGCACUCACUACAAAGAAGACUCCUCCAGAGGUCCGCUACGCACUCACUACAAAGAAGACUCCUCCAGAGGUCCGCUACGCACUCACUACAAAGAAGACUCCAGAGGUCCGCUACGCACUACUACAAAGAGGUCCUCCAGAGGUCCGCUACGCACUCACUACAAAGAAGACUCCUCCAGAGGUCCGCUACGCACUCACUACAAAGAAGACUCCUCCAGAGGUCCGCUACGCACUCACUACAAAGAAGACUCCUCCAGAGGUCCGCUACGCACUCACUACAAAGAAGACUCCUCCAGAGGUCCGCUACGCACUCACUACAAAGAAGACUCCUCCAGAGGUCCGCUACGCACUCACUACAAAGAAGACUCCUCCAGAGGUCCGUUACGCACUCACUACAAAGAAGACACCUCCAGAGGUCCGCUACGCACUCACUACAAAGAAGACUCCUCCAGAGGUCCGCUACGCACUCACUACAAAGAAGACUCCUCCAGAGGUCCGCUACGCACUCACUACAAAGAAGACUCCUCCAGAGGUCCGCUACGCACUCACUACAAAGAAUACUCCUCCAGAGGUCCGCUACGCACUCACUACAAAGAAGACACCUCCAGAGGUCCACUACGCACUCACUACAAAGAAUACUCCUCCAGAGGUCCGCUACGCACUCACUACAAAGAAGACACCUCCAGAGGUCCGCUACGCACUCACUACAAAGAAUACUCCUCCAAAGGUCCGCUACGCACUCACUACAAAGAAGACUCCUCCAGAGGUCCGCUACGCACUCACUACAAAGAAGACUCCUCCAGAGGUCCGCUACGCACUCACUACAAAGAAGACACCUCCAGAGGUCCGCUACGCACUCACUACAAAGAAUACUCCUCCAAAGGUCCGCUACGCACUCACUACAAAGAAUACUCCUCCAGAGGUCCGCUACGCACUCACUACAAAGAAGACACCUCCAGAGGUCCGCUACGCACUCACUACAAAGAAUACUCCUCCAAAGGUCCGCUACGCACUCACUACAAAGAAGACUCCUCCAGAGGUCCGCUACGCACUCACUACAAAGAAGACUCCUCCAGAGGUCCGCUACGCACUCACUACAAAGAAGCCUCCUCCAGAGGUCCGCUACGCACUCACUACAAAGAAGACACCUCCAGAGGUCCGCUACGCACUCACUACAAAGAAGACACCUCCAGAGGUCCGCUACGCACUCACUACAAAGAAGACACCUCCAGAGGUCCGCUACGCACUCACUACAAAGAAGACACCUCCAGAGGUCCGCUACGCACUCACUACAAAGAAUACUCCUCCAAAGGUCCGCUACGCACUCACUACAAAGAAUACUCCUCCAAAGGUCCGCUACGCACUCACUACAAAGAAGACUCCUCCAGAGGUCCGCUACGCACUCACUACAAAGAAGACUCCUCCAGAGGUCCGCUACGCACUCACUACAAAGAAGACACCUCCAGAGGUCCGCUACGCACUCACUACAAAGAAGACUCCUCCAGAGGUCCGCUACGCACUCACUACAAAGAAGACUCCUCCAGAGGUCCGCUACGCACUCACUACAAAGAAGACUCCUCCAGAGGUCCGGUGCAAAGAAGACUCCUCCAGAGGUCCGCUACGCACUCACUACAAAGAAGACUCCUCCAGAGGUCCGCUACGUACUCACUACAAAGAAGCCUCCUCCAGAGGUCCGCUACGCACUCACUACAAAGAAUACUCCUCCAGAGGUCCGCUACGCACUCACUACAAAGAAGACACCUCCAGAGGUCCGCUACACACUCACUACAAAGAAGACACCUCCAGAGGUCCGCUACGCACUCACUACAAAGAAGACACCUCCAGAGGUCCGCUACGCACUCACUACAAAGAAGACACCUCCAGAGGUCCGCUACGCACUCACUACAAAGAAGACUCCUCCAGAGGUCCGCUACGCACUCACUACAAAGAUCUCAUAUUUCAACCACCGAACAGUGAUCCCCCCACAGCGACCUCACCACCUUCGGGGAGUACCUUUAUUUCCGUUCUGAUCAACUAUCUUAUAUUAGAAGGCCUGAUAACAUUAGAUUCAACUCGGUUAUAG